AUGAGUGUCAACAUGUCUAGCAAUAUCGUUCCUAUUACCGUCAUUAAAGGCGCUGGCCACGAGUUCAUCCCCCUUCCUCAGGGCGAGAACGCGACCACUGCCGACUUCCACUCUAUCCGCACCAAUACUGAAUCCCCUGCAUACUUCACCUCGGGAUUCUAUAAGAUCGAGGCUGGACCCGAAAGACCCGCAAACUACAAUUUUGAGGAGACAAAGUAUAUCCUCAAUGGUCAGAUCGAUAUUUUGGACGAGGCGACAGGUGUCACCCAUCACCUAGUCCCGGGAGACUUUGCUUUUUUCUAUGUUGGAUCUAAGGUCAAGUUCUCGACUAAGUCUCAAGGGCUUGCCUUCUACGCGGUUACUCGACCCAUUCGAACCCCUCACCCUAACCUUCAGGGUCGUGAAGAAGACAAGGCUAGGUUGUAA